CGUAUAUAAUUCUCGGUCUCUCUGAUUAAAAUGGCUGCUCGCCUAUUACGCAAGUUUUGUUCUCCAACAACUCUUUCACCUUUGAAACAUUAUUUCAAUUUAUGUCCAAGAAAUACAUCUUUAUUUGUAACAAGAAAUGUCUGUAUACGAAUGGCCAGUACAUCCACGUCAAAGACGAAUGAGAAAAAGGAUGUGGUGACAGUAAGUUUUAUUGAUAGAGAUGGAGACAAAAUGACUGUUGGUGCAAAAAUAGGAGAUAGUUUAUUGGAUGUGGCAAAAGACAAUGAUCUUGAUUUAGAAGGUGCUUGUGAAGGGACCCUGUCAUGUUCUACUUGUCAUUUGAUAUUUGAACCUGAAGAAAUGAAGACAUUGAACUUGGAUGACCCAUCAGAUGAGGAACUUGACAUGCUGGACUUAGCAUAUGGACUGGAAGACACGUCUCGUCUUGGCUGUCAGAUCAUUGUUACCAAGGCCUUUGAAGGAAUAACUUUGAGAGUUCCAAAAGCCCACAGAGAUGUCCGUGAUAUCUGACAGAAUCCAUCUAACUGAGAAAGAACUCUUCUGCUUUAUUGAAUAACAAUGUACAAUUUAUACCUCUUUUACGUUGCACAAUUUGAAUCCAUUUUUACACAGUCUCGCACAGAAAAUAAAAGCCUACAGGUACUUAGUAGACUUCUAGGUCUAUAUCCACCUCUACCUCCUUCAUGACUGUAAACUUUUGUACUACACGGUUUUAAUUAUGGAAUGUAGUAACAGGAUGAUGUGA